UUUGCCUACAAAAUAAUUAUUUAUUUGUCUUAAUUUUUCUUGAGAAUCGUUCUAAUCGGAAAACCCAAAAAGUCAUGUGUGGUGGAGCUAUAAUUUCCGAUUAUAUACAGACGAGCCGAUCGUCCCACCGGCUAACCGCCGACUUGCUCUGGGGAAUCGGCGGAGGUGGCGAUCUGCCUGAUAGCAAGAAGGACAUUAAGAAGAAGAAGAAUACUAGCAAUUUCUACUCGAAGCAACUUAGGUCUGAGAUCAUUGACCUAGACGACGAGUUCGAGGCUGAUUUUCGGGAAUUCUCCGAUCAAGCAGUGGAGGAGCUGGAAGACGUCAAGCCUUUCGGUUUCUCUGCCUCCAAACAUUCUGCCAUCCUCUCUCGAGGCACCAAGUGUGGAAAUUCAUCUGAUUCCAGUGAUGAAUCUGGAAAAUACUUAAAGAGAAAGAGGAAGAACCACUAUAGAGGUAUCCGACAGCGUCCAUGGGGCAAAUGGGCUGCUGAGAUCCGUGACCCAAGGAAAGGUGUACGAGUCUGGCUUGGAACUUUUAACACUGCUGAAGGAGCUGCCAGAGCGUAUGAUACUGAGGCUCGAAGGAUCAGAGGCAAAAAAGCUAAGUUGAAUUUUCCUGAUGAAACUCAACUCUCUGCCUCAAGACGCACUGUAGUUGCGAAUCCUCAGAAAGUACGAGUCAAGGAAGAUCAAAGUCAGGUUCAACCUAGUCUGAACGAGAGCAUGACUUUCAUGAGCAACAUAGAAAAUGACCACUGCAAUUCUUUGAAUCUUGUUGAAGAGAAACCACCAGCAAAGCAGUUCAGCUCUGUUGAUGCUUAUCCUACCGUUGGAGAUAUGGAAUUCAAGUCAUAUUUCCAAUCUGAUUGUGCUAACCCUUGCUUCAAUUCUGAUCAAGGAAGUAGUUCCUUUGGUUGUUCUGACUUUGGGUGGGAAGAACAGUGCCCAAAAACUCCAGAAAUAUCAUCGAUUUUUUCAUCUGCAAUAGACUGGGAAGAACCCCAAUUUGUGGAGGAUGCAAACUCAUCAAAGAAACUGAAAACUAGUCCUUUAGAUUUGGUGCCUGCUGAUGACAAUAACAAGAAGUUGUCUGAAGAAUUUUCAGCUUUUGAGUCCCAGAUGAAGGUGGUUCAGAUGCCUUAUCUUGAGGGAAAUUGGGAUGCAUCUCUUGACGCCUUCCUAAAUGGGGUUGCAGUCCAGGAUGGUGGGGAUGAGAUGGAUCUUUGGACAUUUGAUGAUAUCUCUGCUAUGAUGGGGGGUGUUUACUGAGCCUGCUAUUGGCCUUGUUGUAGCUUUCUGUAAAUAAGGUUACACAUUAGUGAAUUUUCAGACUAAAUUGUUUUCAUAAACAUGUACGGUUUCCAUCGGUUAUGUUUCGUUUGAAUUUGCGAGCUUGAUUGCUCCUAGUUUGAUUUUUA